AUGAACAACGAGGACUACGGGUACGAUUAUGACUACCUUUUCAAGAUCGUCCUAAUCGGGGACUCUGGAGUCGGAAAAUCGAACUUGCUGUCGCGAUUCACAACAAACGAGUUUAACAUGGAAUCUAAGUCGACCAUCGGCGUAGAGUUCGCAACGCGGACUAUCGAGGUAGAGGGCAAGAAAAUAAAGGCGCAGAUCUGGGACACCGCGGGCCAGGAACGGUACAGAGCCAUCACGUCGGCGUACUACAGGGGCGCCGUGGGCGCCCUUAUCGUUUACGACAUCAGCAAGUCCAGCAGUUACGAAAAUUGUAACCACUGGCUCACAGAGCUGCGUGAAAACGCGGAUGAGAACGUGGCAGUCGGUUUGAUUGGGAACAAGUCGGAUUUGGCCCAUCUGCGCGCGGUACCCACAGACGAAGCCAAGAACUUUGCGCAAGAGAACCAGCUGCUAUUCACCGAGACCAGUGCUUUGAACAGCGCGAACGUCGACCAGGCAUUCCGGGAGCUCAUCACGGCCAUAUACCAAAUGGUCAGCAAACACCAGGUAGAUUUGAACGAGUACGGUGCCAACGCGGGGAACGCUCCUAAGGGUCCCACUAUCAGCUUGACGCCCGCGCCAGCCAAGAAGAGCAAAAGCUCAAACAACUGCUGUUAG